AGAGAGAGAGAGAGAGAAACACGUGCGUGCGUAAACAUUAUACUUUAUAAUCCAACAGCCAUUGUUGUCGGAAUAGGCUACCCUGCCAAUAGAGAACGGUACCGUGAAUUGCUUAAGUUUUUGUUGAGGUCGAUAUUCUUUGACAUGUGACUGCAUUACUUGCUCACAUGGCCGCCUUGUUGCAUGAUCCGCUUUAGUUUUAAAAGUCCUAGGACCGGACUUGCUUAGCGACAACAAUCCAGUGCAGGGACCCAUAAGGGCGCACAAUCCAGCCGGACACACCAUGGCGAGCAGUGGGCAGAAAGUGGUGCUGAUCACCGGUUGCUCCUCUGGAAUUGGGUUACAAAUUGCCGUCCUACUGGCCAAAGAUGAGAAGAAGCGUUACCAUGUCAUUGCCACCAUGCGCGACCUCAAGAAGAAGGACAAGCUGGUGGAGGCCGCGGGGGACGCCUACGGCAAGACGCUGACCCUACAGCCUCUGGACGUCUGCAGCGACGAGUCCGUCAAGCAGUGCAUCAACAGCGUGAAGGACCGCCACAUCGACAUUCUCAUCAACAAUGCAGGAAUCGGGCUGCUGGGUCCAAUCGAGAGCAUCAGCAUGGAGGAGAUGAAGAAGGUGUUUGAGACCAACUUCUUUGGCGUGGUGCGCAUGAUCAAAGAGGUGAUGCCUGACAUGAAGAAGCGACGGUCCGGCCACAUCGUCGUCAUGAGCAGCGUCAUGGGCCUGCAAGGUGUGGUGUUUAACGACGUCUACACAGCCUCCAAGUUCGCCAUGGAGGGCUUCUGUGAGAGCUUAGCUGUGCAGUUGCUCAAGUUUAAUGUGAAUAUGUCGCUGAUCGAGCCGGGGCCGGUGCACACCGAGUUCGAGACCAAGAUGAUGGAGGACGUGGCGAAGAUGGAUUACCCCGGGGCGGAUGCGGACACCGUGCGCUACUUUAAGGACGUCUACAUGCCGUCCUCCAUGGACAUAUUCGAGGCCAUGGGCCAGACUCCAGAAGACAUUGCCAAAUGUACCAAGAAGGUGAUCGAGGCCUCUCGCCCCCGCUUCAGGAACUUGACCAACAGUCUGUACACGCCCAUCGUGGCCCUGAAAUACGCCGACGAGACGGGCGGCCUGUCAGUGAACACCUUCUACAACCUCCUGUUCAACUUCGGCCCGCUCAUGCACAUCACCAUGACUAUUCUCAAGUGCCUGACGUGCAGUUGCCUGCGCAGGCGCACCAUCUCCCCAAACUGACAGGGGGCAGUAUUCAGUCGUCUUGGCUCAGGCUCGCUGUGUCGAUCGCACUGUUUCGUGGCUGUAUAUGCGAGUUCAGUUUAGCGGGUUAAAAGAAGCAUUACAGUAGAGCACACCCAGUCAGAUGCAUACAAAACUGCAUUUCGUGCUAAAUGGUAGUAAAAUGCUGGGCAGUCCAAAAUCCACCCUCUCUUCUACAGUUACGUCCUGGAAGUUUGAAAUCCAUCCUCUCGUGUAAACACAUCACUGGGUGCCUCUCAACUUCUCUCCUCGAUCCUCGAUGCUCGAUCCUCCAGGCUCGUUCCCACUGAUCUAUAACUAACACUGGAUAGACUAUCCCAUUGUUGGCGCGAUCAGUGAGGACGACGACCGAGGAAGGAAGGGAGGAUGUUUAUAAGACUAAAUGAGAGGCACCCACUGUAACCGUGUAUAUAGGAGGGGGUUAUUCGGAAAACGUGGGACUUUCCAGCAAUCAUCAGCGCAGACAUCCACUAAUCAAGACCAAACCACUCAAAUGGCGUAUGGGUAACACAACGGUAUAAGCUGUACGACAGACAUGACAUAAUCAGUUACACAACCUAACACCACACAGCAUUGUACACUUCAGACACAUUGUAGGUACAGGUAUCAGUGACACCUUCCGUGACACCCAAACAAUCAGCUAGUUGCUCUGACCGGUCAGUGCAAGUUCACGGUUACUUGUGUACUUAUAUGGUGUAUGCCUGCUGUUAAAUCGUUUCUUCUGUCUUUAUUUUGUAAGCUGUUUUUAAUUUUCUUUUGUGAAGAAGUAGUUCAAAUGUGAUAUUUUUGACAGGCAUCAUUUUGAAAUAAAAUAACAUUUCGAUUUGAUGGAUUCAC